GAAAUUCUUGAGUAGCUGCAGAUUUGGUUUCUCCUCAAGAAGGACUCAUCUCCAUAAGUAAAUAAGUAACAAAUUGGUUAAGAGUGAGUGUUAGGCAAACCUGGUUCAGAAAGCUGUUGGUAAGAUGAACUCAUUUCCCAUAUAUCCUGCAUUAGCGAUUUUUUCAUGACAAAUUAUGUGUGGUUGAUUAUGUGGGUGUAUGCAAUUAUUCUGAUGUGAUCAUAUCUAAAUUUAUCCAUGUUUCCCAAAAAUUCACAUCUAAACAAUUUCUUUGACCUCAAAGAAUACAGAUAGGGGCUCGGAUUGAAACUAAAAACUGCAGAUACAAUAGAGGUGUAGAAUAGGACAGUUUUUUAUAGAAGCAUAAAUUAUUUUAGUGGGGUAAGGCAGGACAAGUGGGGAUUAGAGGUAAAUGUAAACAUACAUCGUUACCAGUCAGCGCUCAAAGAUUUUGUUGGCAUCUAGUGAUUAUAAAGAGAACUUCAUACAUCAUUGCGCAUUUGGGUAAAUUUUAUUGUGGUAUGUUGGUACUAAGGUGAGAGGUUAUUGAUUCCCACUCUCUCACUGAAGUAUUAGGUAAUAUUGCUCUUCUUCAGAAGAAAAAUGCUGUGUUCUUCAUUAUUCACAGUCUGUGAAAUAUCUUAGUUGAUUCACAGAACUGCCAUUAAUGUACCAAGUUAUGUGGGUUAACCACCUGUUUUAAUUUUGGUGUCCUUGAGCCACACAUGAUUGCCUUAAGGUUAUGUUCAGUUUAUUGGCUGUGGCAAGAACAUUAGCCAACAAACCAAACAAAACCUCAAAGUAAACAGUGCAGCUCAAGGAAAGCAAAAUUAAAACAGAUGGUUAACCCACAUAACCAGAAUCAAUCCAAGACAGCGGCAUAUGAGAAAUAAAACAGCUUUACAGUGAGCAGCAGAUCCUUAAUCACAACGACCUGUACACCUGAAGAUGGCCAAUUAAGUCAAAACAUCAAGACAUGUAGUGUCACUAAGGAAAAAUGAUGAGUGAAUAGUAAACAAAGUUGCACAUACACAGCAUAAAAGCUAGAUGCAAAGUCAGAUGUAUGCAGUGCAACAGAAUGCUGCAAAAUAACAUUAAGUUACAGAGGAGGAAGAUGCUGGAACAUGUAUGCCUUCUUCUACUCCCUGGUCUACUUCAGCUGCAAGGUUCACAAGCCAUAAACUGUUACACUUGCUCCUCAUACAAUGGAAGUGAUGUGAACUGUGAAGAUCCAUACAAUCCUGCUAUGUCAACCUAUACAGAAAAAUGCAUGGUACCCAAACAAGGGCAUAUAGGCACAUUCCCAGCUAACUUCUGCAUCAAAAUAGUGGGAAAGAAUGUGGAAACAUGGGAACUGAUGGUGAUUCGUGCCUGCGUUAUGAAGACGAUGGAUACUCAGUGUGGAGUAUUUCGCUAUCAGGACUACACAAUGACAGGCUGUAUCCUUACCUGUGACUAUGAUGGUUGUAAUAUGGGCAGUCAUGUUCACACCCACCUUCCAAUUCUUGAAGCUGCUGUUAUCUGCAAAUUUUCAAUUGACUACAAGAAAUGAAACCAAACAAUGGAAACUGGAUGAUUUAAAAGAACUGCACUGUGAUGUGAGAGACUGUGUAGUCACUAUGCCAUAGUGCAGUGUACAGGUGAGUGAUUAAAACAUGACUGUCUUCCAAAAAUCAUUCAUAAAAUGCUAAGUUAAUGAAACUUACAUAUAAAAUUGAACUGAUCGUAAAAUGGUACUAUUUGGCAUCCCAUUUAAUCUCUGUAGGGAGAAUGGGUCACCUCACUCAAAAAUGGAAUAUGAUCAUCCUAGGCUAAAGGAAUGUAUAUAUUUGCUUUGUAGAUCUUAAAUUGGAUACCAUUUUGUUUUGUUUCCCACCUUUCUGCAAAGCAGAGAAUGUUGCUGACCAGUAUGUUGUCCCAUAGAGUGAUUCAGUUCUGCCUGGUCUGUGGCUUUACACUUACCUCUUGAGAUUGUUAUAUUGUUUAUGUGAUUAAUAUCAAGAGAGGUCAGAGCCAAGGUCACGUGAUGGUGUUUUUGAGGUCUUCCAAUGCACUCACUCUGUGAAGUCGAUUAUUUUCAUCAAUAAAAUUGAACCUCUUAUCAGUCUUCUAUUUAUCUUCAUGGAUAGUUAUUUGUAAGUGGCUCACACUCCUGGUCUGGCAUGAUGGUCUAUUAAUACUGUAUAAUUCUUAUGACUUUGUCAUUUAGUUACAAAGUAUUUUUGGCAAUACCCCUUUUUUAAUUUCUUGUAUAGGGUUUUUAAAUGUAUUUCAAAAUUUUUAUGCAGCUUUGGAUUGAUAUUACCAGGUACUUUAUGUUUUGCUUAGGAUAUCCUUCACCUUUCAAACUGGUUCUCUUUUUCUGCUUUUGUGUCAAACAUACAGCAAACCCUUGUCCAGCAUGGAUUUGCCCAAGAUGGAAUCGAUUAACAUGCAUAAAAUAAGUGCAAACAAUUGUUUGCAGAUGCAGAAAAUUCUGUUAUAUAUGGUCUGCCAAACACAACAUAGUAGCUUAUAAAAAUACUUCCAGUGUCUAAAAAUCUAAAGGCAAUUCAGCUUUUAAGUGUAUCUGUCAUGUUUCAUUCUAUUCAGAAUAUAUAUCAAUGUAAACAUUUAGCUCAAAUGUCAUCUCCAUUAAAUUCUUUCAAUGUGCGCUCCCCAAAUAUGCUGCUUCUGAGGAACAUACUUUGUUACUUUGAUAUCACAUCUUCUGUCUUAUAUGGAAAAGGGUGAUGUUUCCAUUUCUGAUUAUGUCUCAGCCUUCAGUAUUGUUCUCAAAACAGUUCUGAGAAGAACCUUAAGAAUGUAGCAGAAUUUCUUGCCAAAUAUGAUCAGUUCUCAAGUGUGCAAAAUAGUUUGUAAUGACCUGUCCAUAAAGUUAAUAAGUGCAAAAGAAACCUAAAGAAAUGUAUAUUGUAAACAAAAUAAAAAAAGUAAAGCUAUCCCUGUAACAGGCCAUGGAGGCCCAUAGGA